AUGCCAUUUAAGCGAUCACCGAUGCGGUAUGCUCAUAUUAUGGGCUACACCAGUGUUGCCUACCAGGAAGAUGGAAACUGCAUUAUUAGCGUGGGAUAUGAUGGAGAUUUCCGUAUAUGGAACGGUAUCGGCGACGACGAUCCUCCGACUGUGUGUGUCGGCGAGCAUGUGUGGUGUGCCUUGCAGUACGACGACCGUGUGUUGCUGGCCACCGACCUGAACACGGUACAGGGAUAUAAAUAUCCUUCAUUGCACAAGGAUGGAAUUGAGUUUCGUUUCACCGCAUUUGUUACGUGCAUAGCUAAAUGCGAAUCGCACAUUGCUGCCGGUUCGGAAGAUGCAACCAUUAAAAUUGUAUCGAAGCUCAACGGAGAACAGCAUGAUUUGGAAAACGUAGGAGGGCCUGUGCUGAGCAUAGAUGUCAGCAAGAACAAUCUUUUCGCAGCCAGUAUUGGCGACGGAAGACUGUGUAUUUGGGAAGUGAAGCUUGGUUCCGUGGAGUUGAAGAAAACCUUAGAGGGGUUUCCCAAGGUGAAAAGCUUCGAAGCAGCCGUGUAUUUUUCAUCGCCUUCCUUCGAACCAAACACGGGGUCGCGACUUGCAUACCCAAUUGGGAAAGAGGUAAUCGUUCUCAACACCGUCACCUGGGAAGUGGUGAAGAAAUUCACCAAUUCAAAACUAUAUUCCGACUUGACGGUGUGUCGUUUCUCUCCCAUGGGAGAUUAUGUGGCAGCGGGCAGUGCUACGGGAGAAAUCGUCAUUUGGGAUUAUGAAACGGGCAAACCCGUCGCAGGUGAUGAUCUGCAUGACGGAAAUGCUGUUACGAAAAUCGUGUGGAAUCCAAAGAACAACGGCGAGCUGGCUAUUUCAGAUGCUAACGGGCAGGUUGGCACGAUAUCAGACAUUUUCAUUGAAGCCGACGAGGAAGAUGAAGACGGAAAUGAUAUUGUAGCGAGAGCUGAGAAAGAGACUGAAGACGACAAUGAUGAGGCGUUCGAUGAUCUUUUCGUCGCGUAUCCAAAGACUGGAAACAACAAAAAUGAUGCAGAAGACGAUGAUGAACAGAACGAAAAUUGUAUCGAGCUAGAAAAGUUAAAAUCACAGAUUAUGGGCGCGACUCAGAAAUCCGACGUGCAGUCCGAUGUCGAUGAAGACGAAGAUGAUCGUGGUACAGUACUUAGUGAACGUGCUUUAGUCGCAAAAUCCUUUCCUCAGCAGUGCCCAUUUCAACCGGGGGCUAGCCCUUACUCGUUGGAGCAUUGCUAUCUGGUCUACAACCACGUCGGGGUUGUGCGUAGACACGCAACAGAUAAGGAAAAUUCAAUUGAGGUGGAGUUUCAUGACUCCCAGCAACACCACGGCAUCCAUCUGAACAACUAUCUGAACCACACGAUGGCGGGAUUGAGCGAAACCGUACUGGCGAUGGCUUGUCCUAGCGAGGAUGGCAACCCCAGCAAAGUGGUUUGCAUCAACCAGGCCGGAUUCGGGAAUCGUGAAUGGACUUACACAAUGCCAGGCUGCGAAGAAAUCAUCGCCAUAACCGCAUCAGAUAAAAUAGUCGUCGUUGCCACUGAUAGCCGUCUGAUACGGGUUUAUACGGCGCGAGGAACGCAAAGAGAAGUGAUAACGGUGGCAGGACCCAUCGUUGCCCUAGCCGCAUAUGGGGAUCAUUUUCUUGUUGCGUUUCAUAGCGCCCCCGCAAACGAGGAUCAGCACAUCAGCUUGAUGAUUGUCACGUGCGUGAAUUUUAAAUUGCGCUGCCGUGAGGUGCGCGUUCCCCUAACGGCCGCCUCGGAGCUCCGGUGGAUUGGAUAUUCCGAUCGAGGAUCACCUGUUGUGUUUGACACGGCGGGUAUGUUGAAUAUUUAUCACGCCGCCUCCAAUCUCUGGUUACCGAUUUACCAUGCUGAGAAUUUGCCGUCCAAAGGGGCCUCGGAUAACCUGUUCAUCAUCAAAGUAGUGGAAUCGAUGCAACACGUUCAGCUGAUCUUAUGUCGAGGAUCCAAAUAUCCAUUGACUAACCCCAAACCUAUUCCGGUAGAGGUGAAAUUUUCACUUCCCAUGUGCGAUAUGGACACCGAGAAAGAUUGUCUGGAGGAUGAAUUGGUGCGCUCACUGUACCUUAAAGUAAAUGAUUCUGAUAAACUGCUGAAGGAAACGGCUGUCAAAUUAUUUGCGCUGGCCUGCAAAAAUGAAAGCGAACAACGAGCGAAAGAAUUGGUGGAAACGAUUGCCUCGAGUCAGCUGAUCCCCUUGGUUAUUAAGUAUGCGAGCAAAAUCCGUCGUUAUCAUUUGGCAGAAAGCUUAGCUCCUUUGCUUGCUAACUUCCAGGAACAGGAAGUUCAAGAGGAAAAAUUGGAGCAGGAAAGCAUCCGUGAAAGUACAGCCAUCGUAGCCGAACUGGAGCACAUCAAUCUUGAGGCGAUUACGAAGAAGGACACUACACCAAAAAUAAAACCGCUUCCAGUUGGCACGCGAAAGUCGAGCAAUCCAUUCCGCAAAACGAUGACCGCGGACGAUGGAAGAUCAUCACCCGCAUCGUCCCUGAGUCAUGCCGGUGCCAACAGCAGUAAUCCCUUGGAACAUUUAACCGGCAAAGCGAUAGGAUUCUCGGGCAUGGGCACCAGCAGUCCGAGCUUGGGUAGUUCACUCGCUUCAUCGACCGAAGGGGGGCAGGAUGAAAACCGUCCCCAGAACAGCGGUACACCCGCUGGAGGCGGCAUAAAAUUUCUUCCUUGGUUCGAGCAGCACCAGGAAAGGCUACAAAAGCAGCAUCCGGGGGUCGCGGAGGCGGAUCUGAUCAAAAUAGGCAUGCGUGAGUACAAGACACAUCAUCAGAAAACGCCAGCACUGUCAUCGGGGACGGGCACGGAACACGACUCUCCAAAGGUGUCCGAGAAGCGGAAACUGGACGACAGUGAGCAGCCAGAAAGUGGAGUUUCAAAGCUCGCAAAGUUUGGCUUUGUAAAAACAAGCUGA